AUGUCUGACUCCAUGCGCCAAUCCACCACCGACAAGGCCACCUCUGCCUUGAAGCCCGACAGCUCAAAGUCCUCCACCGAGAAGGCCGGCGACUCUCUCAAGAGCACAGGUGACUCCAUCGCCGGCUCCGUCCAGCCCAACAGCGAGAAGUCCGCCACCCAGUCCGCCACCGACUCCGUCACCGGCGGCGGCAAGGACGCCUCCAACAAGGCCUCCAACGCUGCUGGUGAUGCCCAGAACCAGGGCGGCAGCAUGAUGAACCAGGCCAGCGAUGCCAUCGGCAACGCCGCUACCCAGGCUCAGGAUGCCCUCGGGAUGGGCAGUGCGUAUCACCCUCCUCGCCUUGACACAAGAUGA